UCCGGUCUCCAGCGACGCCGUCCCAGAACCACCAGGGUCCCCAGGAUGGGGGGACGCCAUGGAACCCCGAGACCAGGACCUGGACCUGGACCUGGACCGGGACCGGGACCUGGACCUGCACCCCCCCUGCGGUCUCACCAACCGGAGCGGCAGCUUCUUUAAGCUCAUCGACUCGUUCGCCCUGGAGAUCGGGGAGCUGAAGAAGGAGAUGGUCCAGGACCCGGACCAGGACCAGGACCAGGACCAGGACCAGGACCAGGACCAGGAGCCCAGGGGGGCACCGGGGCUGGACGGGGACGUGUACCUGCGGGACCCGCUGGACCCCCUGGUCGGCGGUGAAAGGGAUUCUGGGUACGACUCCCUGAGGAGGAGGAUGAGCGUGAUGGACCGGCUGACCCGGACCCACCCGGUCUGGCUGCUGCUGGCGCUGGGGGACGAGGAGGCGGGCCGGAUCCUGCUGGGCCAGCCCAAGGGGGUCUUCCUGGUCCGGAGGUCUUCAGUUCUGCAGAAGAAGGUUCUGUCGGUUCAUCUGGACCAGAACCCGCCGGGAACUCCCAUCAGCCACUUCCCCAUCCGGGAGAGUCAGUACACGUUCUCCGUGGAAGGAUCCGGGAUCAGCUUCGCCGACUUGUUCCGCCUGGUGGCGUUUUACUGCAUCAGCAGAGACAUCCUGCCGGCGACACUCCGACUCCCAGAAGCCAUUGCGUCGGCCAAGACCCAGAAAGACCUGGAGGAGGUGGCUCAGCUGGGACCAGGUUUCUGGGACUCGGCCCUGAGCCGGCAGCAGCCGUCGCCCCCCCGGCCCCGCCGGCCCCUGAGCCGGACCCUGAGCCCCCAGCGGACCGGUUCUGAUCGGCCCCGGGGGCCCGGCAGGUCCCAGUGCGACAGCGCCCCCCCCACCCUGCGGCCCCGCCCCCCCCCGUUGGCCCGCGGGCCCCUGUGCUUCAUCAACCCGCUGUUCCUGCAGACGCACCGCCAGCCCGGCCCCCCGGAUGCUGGUCCGGGGCCGCUAGCAGAGCUAGCCCCGCUAGCCGCUCCCCCCAGCGAGUCCCCCCCCAGACCCCCUCCCCCACCCCGGCCCCCCCCUCCCCGCUCCAUGCCCCGCCGCCGGCCGGCUCCGCCCCCUCCCGGAGCCCCGACGACCUCCACGACCUCGGCCCGGCCCAAGAGCACGCCCGAGCCCCAGCCCGCCCCCCCGCGCCGCCGCCCGGCCCCGGCGCGGCCGUCCUCCGGGUCCAGGCCCCCCCCGCGGCCCCGCCGGCCGGACCUGGAGGCGCACCGCUGCCACGUGGCCCUGGACGACGAGACCAUCGCCCGCGCGCUGUCGCAGGCGCGGCCCCCGCCCGGCCCCGCGGCCGCCGAGGGCCCGUCCGGGACCGGCCGGCGCCAGCGCCUCAGCGACAUGAGCAUGUCCACGUCGUCCUCCGACUCCCUGGAGUUCAACUUCCUGCCGCCGCGGCCGGCCGACGACUCCAGCGAGGAGGAAGACGAGGACGAGGAGGACGAGGAGGAGGAGGAGGAGGACUACGGCGUCGGCAUGGAGGCCGACCUGGAGACGCGGCUGCGGCCGUCCUUCCGGGCGCGGCAGCGGCGGCGCGUGGCCGUUAGCCUCGGCGGCGGCUCCUUCAUCCUGAACCGGGCGCUGCGCGGCCGGCUCAGCAAGGUGGGCGGCAUGCUGAGCUCGCUGAUGACGCCGGAGCGCCGCGCGGUGCGGCGCGUGGAGGAGCUAGCGCGCGACAAGAGCUCGUACUUCGGCGCGCUGGUGCAGGACUACGUGGGCUUCGUGCAGGAGAACCGCAGCUGCCACCCGUCCGGCGUGGACUUCCUGCAGACGCUGCGGCAGUUCAUGACGCAGAUGAAGUCGUACCUGCGGCAGAGCUCCGAGCUGGACCCGCCCAUCGAGUCGCUCAUCCCCGAGGAGCAGAUCGACCAGGUUCUGGAGAAAGCCAUGCACAAGUGUGUCCUGAAGCCUCUGAAGAGCGUGAUCGAGGCGGCUCUGCACGACUUCCAGGUGAACAGCGGAGCCUGGCAGCAGCUCCAGGAGAACCUGGUUCUGGCCCGGACCCGGAGGCCCCAGGAUCUGGGCGUGGACGGGGUGGUGCCGCCCGACCCGGUGGCCAUCCAGAAGAUCCGGCACAAGUUCCUGAGCAUGAGGAAGACGUACUCGCCCGAGAAGAAGGUGUCGCUGCUGCUGCGGGUGUGCAAGCUCAUCUACACCAUCAUGCAGGACAACUCAGGGAGGAUGUACGGCGCUGACGACUUCCUGCCGAUGCUGACGUACGUGGUGGCUCAGUGUGACGUUCCUCAGCUGGACACGGAGAUCCAGUACAUGAUGGAGCUGCUGGACCCGUCUCUGCUGCAGGGGGAAGGUGGCUACUACCUGACUAGCGCCUACGGAGCCCUCGCCCUCAUCAGGAACUUCCAGGAGGAGCAGGCGGCGCAGGUCCUGAGCUCCGAGGCCCGGAACACGCUGCACCAGUGGCACCGCCGCCGCACCGCCCAGCGCUCGGUGCCGUCCGUCGACGACUUCCAGAACUUCCUCCGGGUCGCCCUGCAGGAGGACUCGCCCGACUCGGGCGACGCCGGCUGCACGGCGAAGACGCUGCAGGUGCGUCCGUACGCCACGACGGAGGAAGUCUGCUCGCUCUGCGCGCUCAAGUUCCGGGUGCCCGACCCGGAGAACCACUUCCUGUUCCUGGUCACCGCGGAGACCAGCCAGCAGCUAGCGCCCGACACCGCGCCGCAGCGCAUCAAGGCCGAGCUGCACAGCCGGCCGCUGGCCGGAGCCUUCCACUUCGUCUACCGCCGGGGAACCAACCGGAACCUGGACCAGAACCUCGGGCCCGCCGGCCAGAACCUCGGGCCCACCGGCCAGAACCUCGGGCCCGCCGGCCAGAACCUCGGGCCCGAGAACGGGAACUGCCUCCAGGUCGGGCCCUGAGGGCCCGCGGGGCGACUUCUGCCACCACAGCAGAGCUCUACUCCCCCACAUGGUUACUACAUAGGGUGGCUUUAACCCCACACUGCAAAAACUCCAAAUCUUACUAAGUCUUAUUUCUAGUUAAAAUAUCUCAUUUUAGUAAAAAAAAAUGUCAUUACACUUAAGACAAGACUCAUUACCAGAA